UUAUGUAGUAUAAUGUAUAGUUCCGAUGUAAUGUAAAUCAUAUUUAAUACCAAUCUUAUGCAGUUAGGAUUAGAGUGUAGGAUGUACUGUUAUGUUACCUGUUUGCAGUCAGCGUGUAUGAAAAGCUGACCUUCCUAGCAACACUGUACCCCGGAAGUGGUGUUUACGAGGAAGUCAGAGAAAAUUAUUGUACAGUUAACCUCGAUCGCGUACACACGUAAAAUAAAGUCCGUGCUAAAACCACGUGUCCGUAUUUAAUUCUCUCUGCUACAACAUCAGAAGUGGGAUCGAUAAAAUGGCCAACCGGCUAACCAAAGACGAAUUGAUGGAAUGGCUGCAAGAGCGGAACAUCGAAUUUCCAGCUUCGGCGACCGUCCGGCUUCUACGUACAUUGUAUGAGAGCCACAUGCCUCGUGCAGAGAUGGAGGAGGAGCAAGAAGAUGACGAGGAACAGGAAGCCAGAUUGGACGAGCAGAUCCGGAUUCUGGAAAAGAAAAAACAGCUCGCAGAGUUAAGAAGAGAGCUGGCAGUAUGUGAAACUCAAGUCGUUCGACCGGCUGAAUUCCAGGAUGUGAAAUGUGUGAUACCGAUGUUCACUGGCAGUGAUUUGUGUGUUCCGGAAAAGUGGAUUUCGGACUUUUUUUUUUUAUAAAAAAUUUUUUAUUCAGGCCAAUUUGCGUACAAGCUUUACGUGGCCGAAUGAGCCAUGUUUUUAUUAGAUAAAAUAAUUUUUUUACCGUUGGAUCUCGUUGUCACUCUUUUUCUAGGGGGAGAGGAGCUUCCAUUUUUAUCUUGCGAUGAGUGAGGGGCACUUUGUUCGUGGCUCGUCUCGUCCUCCAUUGCCGCAUCGGUGGUAUCGUUGUUGGUUUCCGUUUUUUCUUCGUUUUCCUUGUAAUUCGCAUUCUUGGGUUGGUUGUUAGUUGCUGUAGACGCGCCUUGUUGUGCAUUAAUUGCAGUUGUUGGUGGGUUUGAUGGUACAACAGGAGUACUGCGCUCACUAGUCUCCGUUGUUGGGCGGUUGUCCUUUUUUUUGUUUAAAGAUGUCCUUUUUGCAGUUUCAGUGCAAGGUUUGCCGUAGUGUGCAGGUUGUUCACAAAACUGACAUGUAACCAGUUGAUUUUCAUACGUAAUCAGCGUUUUACACGGAUGUAUCCCGUCUUGAUCACAAAUGAUGUAAGAUGGAAUUGCUUUACGUAGUUGCAUACGUACUACUCGCACGCCAUUCCGGAUACCCGGAAAAAAAUUCCGCCAUACUUCCCUUUCGAUGGAAAGAACUUCACCGUAUUGCGACAUACAUUCCCGAACAUACCCCUCGCUGGUCUGCGGGGGAAGGUCAUGCACGCGUACUUCUAUGGCAUUAUCCACCAUGUACACAGGGAUUUUAUAUUUAACAUUGUCAUGAUCAAUACUGUGCACCCCGUUAUUAACCGAAGCAAAUGCAAUUGCAUCUUUUUCACGUUUGAACAUAAUGUACACACAGUUAGACGCCUUGUUGAAUUGAAUCUCACUUACAUCAGUAACGUUUAGAUGCAUUCGUUCCUUAAGCAAGAUUUCAAUUUCGGUUGCUGCUGGUCUAACUUUGCAGCGCUUGAAAUCAAUACAAAUUGAAUUUGGCCUUGUAGGCCAAGUUUCAGGCUUUGUUAAAUCGUAUUUGCCCAUUUCGUACACUCUAUUGUUCACUACACUGUAUUGUCUUUGUUUCUAUCGUCUCGACCGUAAGCAAUUGUCGACUGUGUCUGAUGAGAUGCCAGCACGAACUGGAUUUCGGACUUCGAGAGGGCUUGUGAUGCCGUUCGAGGAGAUGGAGAAUUCCGUCUGAAAAGUGUUCGGAGACUCAUGGAACCGGGAACGGAGGCAGAAUGGUUUCUGCGAGUUGACCGUUCACACUCAUACGAAGAGUUCCGUGAACACUUCUUAGGAUGUUUUGGACAUCGACUUUCUAUGUCAGAAGUUAUCGAUAAGCUACGGAGAACCACUUUCAGCACCUGCAAAACAACUGUAGUGGGCUACAUUCUUAGAAUGCAAGAGAUCGCUUCAUGUGCCGAUAUUGAUGAAGCGCUUACAGUCCAAAUGAUAGUCGACGGAUUUCAGGAUCGUACCGCUGAUAUUUCGGUUUUGUAUCCAGCAACCAACUUGAUGCAGCUUAUGCAUUUAGCAAGACGAUACGCCCAGCUCCGAGAAUUACGACCCAGCUCCGCUCGUAUUACUUCAACGUGUUCAUCGAAGAAACCAAAGCCUAAAGACGAUUCCGAAUUAGGACUUCGGUGUUAUAACUGUUCGGGUGAAGGACACAUCUCCGCUCGCUGUCCAGAACAUCGACGAGAGCGAGGAUCCUGCUUCCGGUGUGGAUCUCAGCAACACGUCAUCAGGAAUUGCCCUCGUCCCGCGCCACAAAAUAAAAACAAAGUGGCACUCGUCGACGACUUCCGUCAGAACUGCCAGCCUGAUGCUAUCGGGGAACAACUGGGCGGCGAAAUCGCCGAAAUUAAUCGGUCCGAUCAAUCUGGCUAAACGUUCGGUUAUCCCGCAUAUUUUUACGCUGAAGGAAGAGAAAUAUAGUGGAUUCCGAAGUGUGGGGAACUUUCCGCUCUGCGCUUACGGCAUCGUUUCGGGUCGUGUUACUUACGCCAACCAAUCUGAAAUACUGGAUUUUUUCAUUGUCCCUGAUCAUUUUAUUACCUACCCUCUACUACUAGGGAGAACCUUUUUGAAAGCCUUUGGAAUUGCUUUAUUUAACAAACGAGUUCACAAACCAACAGUUGAAUUGAAGAAUAAAAAUCAAAUUCGAAUUUCCGACAGUUUA